AUGGGCAGGAACCAUCAUCUUCGACUUCCCGAGCAUCUCUACCUCUCGCCUCCUCCGCCUCCAACACCGCCAUUCUCGUUCACCUCUGCGUCCCUCCUUGCUGUCAAGUCUGCGGUUCUUUUCUCUCCUUCUGCGGUUCUCUCGUGGGAGACUGGUCGCUCCACACCCUUUGCCGUUGGCGACCGCAUUCCGGGGUUCAAAACUUCUGCCGCCUUCUUGACGACCCUGCGGGCAAAUCUCAUCCUCGACCUCGAAUCUACCCCGCCCUCUCUCGCCAACACCCCAGACAUUUUGAGACCGGCCGACAUGGCUUCGUCGGGCAGUCUGCCUCCUCCUUCUCCGUCACCUCUGGCGCAAAACUCCCAGGCUGUUGGUGAUGCCUCUGCCCUUGCCGAGAAGCACGCAGGAUCCCUUGACUCGCUCCCGGAGCUCAUCACCAAACCUGCCCUCACUGAAGACGACAAGGUCGAAGCGCUGCGCUUGAUUGCCGACUCUGUUGCCCAACAACGCCAACUUGCCUCUGCAGCUGUUAUUUUCCACCCCUUGACUGUCUCGCUGCUCGUCCUUCUCCUCGGCCUUGCCUACCAAAAUCUCUACAAAGGUGCGGCCUCGGACUGGGCAAUUAUUGGCACGACGUCGGCGGGCAUACUCAUGGCUGUGCUGAUUACGGUGCGCUGGCUGACGAGCGGCUACAUUUUCGAGGCCGAGCGUGUCGGGACCUGGAAAUGGCUGAACGAAGGCCGUGACAAUCCGGACAAGGGCAUCGUGGGUUCCGAAGACGACAUUCUCCUGACCCGAUUCGGCGAGGACAUCAUUGGAGCGAUUGUCGUCCGCGGCGUGCGCGAUUCUUCUCAGGGUUCCUCCGGCAAAUCACGCAAAAACGCGCCGGUAAACGGAUAUAUACGUGCAUGGACGGUCAAGCGUCGGUAUAGACACAAAGGCGUCGGACAGGGCCUGCUCGAGGAAGCCCUCGCGCUGUGCCAGCAAAAAGGGUGGAGCGGCCCCGAAUUUGCAGAGGACCACGCCAACUCGGCGAGUAUCCUGCAUCCAAAAUUUGCGGGCGGGUUCAGGAAGAGAGAGAAACAAGCCCAGGAGAUGCUGGAGCGGGUGGUUGAGGAGAGCAGGUUGAGUGCCUGCGGCAAGAAGGGCAAGAGAUGA